UUGCCGCUGUAAACAACCCUAAUUUACAGUCUUAGUAACCCUUCCUUCCGCCAUUGAUAAGAAGUGGCAGAAACCUUACAGUGAUUCAUGCAAGCCCAAACAAAUCCUGACUACUCGUUUUAUAAUCUACUGAAACGGAGUAAGAGUAAGAAGAGAAAUUAGAAGAAACCGCAGCAACCAAUGUCGAGAUCUACAGAAGAAGACAUCGAUGCCGAGCAGCCACUGCCGUGCCUUCCUGAAGAACUCAUCCUCGAAAUUCUUCGCAGGUUGCCCGUCGAAUCUCUCUUAAAAUUCAGGUGUGUUCGUAAGAAGUGGAACAUCUUAUUCAGAAACCCUAACUUUAUCAAAAAUAACAACUCUAGUUUCCUUCUAAAAUAUGACAAAAAGCUAUACUCUUUAGAUUAUGAUUCAUCAGCAUCGUUGUCAGAUUCUGAUGAGCCCCCUAUUAAGAAAAUUCGUUAUCCACUCAAGUGUAUAACAGAUGAUUUGAAAAUAUUGGGUUGUUGCAAUGGAUUGGUUUGCUCAAGACACUGUGGUGGUGUAAUUUGGAACCCAACUACCAAUGAAUAUAGAGUAAUACCAAGAUCUGAUACACUACCAGCUGGAUUUCGAUCCGUGUCUUUUCCUGGGGCUGGAUACAUUAGCUUUGAAUAUGGGUUUGGUUAUGAUGCACUAAGUCAAGAUUACAAGCAUGUACGAAUUGUGGGUCGUUCAAGUUCAACUCAGGGGAAGUCUGAAGUCGAUAUCUACUCGUUGAAAUCAGAUUCUUGGAAACGGAUUCAACUUAUCCCUUAUAUAAUUUCUAAUGGACCAAGUGUAUCAGCACCCGGGGUAUUCUAUAAUGGAGCUCUUCAUUGGAUUGCAGAAUCUUAUUCAGGAAACAGACGCAAAGUUUUAAUUGCUCUGGAUGUUGGAAAUGAGGGUUUUCAAGAGAUCCCACAACCAGAAAAUUUGGAUGUGGAAAAUUUUGGUGCUUAUAGAUAUGUCGAGGUGUUGCAUAAGUGCCUAGGCAUGCUUUGUAGUAGUCAUAUGGAUGGUUAUGAAGUAUGGAUGAUGAAGGAUUAUGGAGUGUCAGAAUCUUGGACGAAACUUUAUAAAAUUCCCACACUCAUUAAUGUUAAGUCUGUUCAGUCAGUUCAGUACUUGAGGAAGAUGGAGUAUUUAAAAAACGGAGAGAUUCUACUAAAGAUUAAACAGCACGAGGUUUCUAAUUUGGCUGGUGAGGAGGCUUUGGUUGUGUAUAAUCCAAAGGAAGCAGCAACUAGGAUUCUUAAGCAUAGUGAGAACGGUUUUUCAGGGGUAUUUCAAGUGGAGAGUUAUGUAAAGAACUUAGUUCCACUCAACUCUGGUACAUAUGUUGGGGAUAAAGAGCAGGAGGAAAAAGAUAUUUGGGAAGCAUUAGCAGGCAUUAUGAUUUAGGGGUUGAAGCAACAUCGUGAAAGAAGUUCCCAAGUAGACUUAUAGUGAACUGAUUUACAACUCAACCCCUUUUCUACGGAGCUUUUUUCAACCUCAGAAGAAGCUUUUAGACCUGUUGAAUAGCAUUUCAUCUCCCAUAUAGAAGGUUUUGAAAUAUUAGAUCCUUAUAUAACUUACUGAAGUAAGUUACGUCGCUUAUAAACUUGAAGGUUAUGUUUUGACGGGUUGUGUUAUCCAUCUAUCUAGCUGUCCAUCCUCUGAUCUUAAAGCUGCUGCAAUCACAAGCAAGGAAGUAGGAGGCAGAUUCGAUCUGCAUUUAUCGUUAGUUACAGCAAACGCACAUGCCAUACUGGCUUAUCGAAAUGGGAACAGAACAGGGAAACUUCUCGUCUACUGUAACAUGUAAGUUAUUGUCUACUGUAACAUGUAAGUUAUUGCGGGAAGCAAUAAGGGCAAAAUUUAUGCAAGACACUGAGUAAAACUAGGGGUGGGACUUGGGGUUGGUUGGUCGGGCUGGAAGGCUUGGCCGAGGAAGACCCGAGGUAAAAAUCCUUUGCCCAUGAAACCCGUGGAACCCAUGGAGGUGUUGCCCAAGUUCCGCCCACCCAUGAAACCCGUGGAACCCAUGGAGGUGUUGCCCAAGUUCCGCCCAAGUUAUAUUCUUCGGGUUCCCCGAUUCCUCGGGUUGACCCAUGUACAACACAAGUUUUAGUAAUUAUAAGAUUUAAUUAUUGUAUUUAGCUUAAAUUUCCAAACAACUUAUGAUUAUUGACAAUAAUCUAAAAAAAAUCAUAUAAAAAUAUUCAUAUUGAAUUAAUAAUGAGAUAGAUAUGUUAUAGGGCCCAUGCCCAUAGAUGUGCGGUCCAAAAAUGGAAGUCUAUUGGUUUCCCCUUUGGUCUUUUGGUUUACCCUCUCCAUGUAUGUAAAGGAUAAUCUAUUCAUGUAACUUGAUGAACUCUUAUCAAUGAAAUACUUCUCUUUG